UCUGGAGUAAAUCUCUCUCAAUCUGAUCAGUGUGUGAGGUGGACUAACUCACUCCAGUGGACAAGGACUCAAAGGGGACUCACAGGGACUCACAGGUUUAUUCCAUUGUUCAGUGACGGUGGGAGAGAGGAAGCAAAUAAGACAAAGAGAUAAAGAAGAUAAAAGACAAAACUGUGAACUCUGCCGAUGGAGAUCAUGCUCCCUAAUGUCUCCUCUUCGACAUCAAAGAAGUCAACACAACCUUUACUUUAAUUGGCAUCACACAUUUUGAAGUGAAGCCAAGCUCCUUAGACUUACCGGCUGAACUGCGGAUGGAGAUUAUGAGGAACUCUCCGUCUCCACACAUGUUCCUUGUUCCCAUUGGGUUUUCUUUACUUUCACUUCUCCUUUGCCCUUCAACUGCCAGCUCAGGGUCUGACUAUGACUAUGGAGCCCACCCACGCUUUGUUUGCACCCCUAUUCCUGUGGACGCGGACCCUGCCUGCUUCCCUACAGGGGGUCCAGGUGUAGGGGCAGCAGGGCCUGGUGGACCAGGGCAUCAAAGUGCACCUCCUGCUGGCUGGUGGGGGGCGAGCGAGGAGGCCAAAGCCACCAUCCUCCACCUCAGGGAGAGCAAUGUCCAGCAGAAAGAGACCAUCCUGGACCAGAGAGAGACCAUUAGAGAGCUGACGGCCAAGCUCGUCCUGUGCGAGGGCCUCGGACGAGGCGCGGCGCCUGACGACGACUUCCACGGCACAGCCUCACACCCCCAGCACGCGGGGGUGGCCGGCCAUCACACGUACGAUGACAACGGGCACUAUGGCAACCAGCAGGGUCACCAUGGAAACCUCAUACCAGACUCACCGCACUACACCUCUGCGGGGGGGCAACGAGCCGACGGGGGCCACAGCAUCAACCGCCAGGGGAAGGAUAAACAUGUGACACCGGGGGACAUCACAUCAUCACCAGAGCAGACGGAGAGGAUGCUGCAGGCGCUGAAGGAGAGGCUGGACAAUCUGCAGAAGAGGAACACGUCCAUCACCUACUCCAGCUCUCUGAAGGAGCUGCUUCAGAGGAAGAUCAGCGCUCUGGAGCAGCAGCUGCACCAUCGCACCUCCUCCCUCAGCGGCCCGGACCACCACGAUGAAGACAGCAGCCACAGAGAUGACGGAGACCAUCACGAUGACGAUGACGGACACCCAGAUGACCACAAGGACGACCACAACGAUGGCGAUCACAGUGACAACAGGAACCACACCGACGAUCCCGAUGACGGCCACAGUGAUGACCAUCAUGAAGCAGACGCGGACCACGAUGACGGCCACCAUGAUGAUGAACACCCCAGCAAUGAAGCAGAUAGCCACAGUUACCUUUCACACACAGGAUACAGAGAACCAGGGCCGCGGACUGGUUUCCACUCAAAUAAACUGGAAGCGAUGCUCAACCAGCUGCACCUCUCAGGACCCAGCAGGACAAAGUUUAAGAGUCCUGAUGCCUUCCAGAUCAGCUUCCCCAUGAGAACCAACUACAUGUACGGGCGGGUGAAGAGGACGCUGAUGCAAGAGAUCUUCGCUCUGACUUUGUGUCUUUGGAUCAAGGCGGGCGUGGGGCCCGGCCUGGGGACGCCCUUCUCUUACUCGGCACCCGGACAGGCCAAUGAACUGGUGCUCAUCGAGUGGGGGAACAACCCCAUGGAACUGCUGAUCGAUGACAAGGCUGUGACGCUCCCUCUGUCCCUUGGGGAUGGAAAGUGGCACCACGUGUGUGUGACUUGGUCAACACGGGAUGGACAGUGGGAGGCCUACCAAGACGGAGUGCAGAGGGGGUCCGGGUUGAAUCUUUCCCCCUGGCACCCUAUCAAACCUGGAGGAGUCUUCAUCAUGGGACAGGAACAGGACAUUCUGGGAGGCCGUUUUGAUGCCACUCAGUCAUUUGUGGGCGAGAUGUCGGACGUGCACAUGUGGUCACAUGUCCUCACUGCCAGCGACAUCUACAGCCUGGCCUCCUGCGGCAGCCACCUCAGAGGAGACGUCAUCGCUUGGUCCGAGUCAGAGGUGGAGCUUUUUGGAGGCGUCGCCAAAUACCCAUUUGACCCCUGUCACUAAAAGCCCAUAACAUGAGAACAUUUACCGUAGAUCAAAAUGUGUGAGAAUAAAACAAAAGUCCCUUUUGGCUUUCAGGAAUAUUUUAGGAUAAUCACUCAGCGGCACCAACUCAAUGCCUUCCUCUAAACUUAACCAGAGACAGUUUCUUUAAUAAAAAGAAAAGUAACAAUAAGUCUUAUCAGUGUUGACAGAGACUUUGUAGGGACUUAGUGGACUUUGGGCUCUACUGUAAUCAUGAGCUAGAGUUUUAUUUUAAACAGACAAGUGCUGUAUGUGACAUAUUGUCAUAUUGUUAAUAAGACUUACUACUGUGGGGUUUGUGAUGAAAUUAGCAGACCUUACACGUGUUCUGUUAGUUUGGAUGAUAGUUAUAGAAAUGUGUUGAGAAAUCAACUUGUAAUCUGGAUGCUCCCUUUUUUUUUUUUUUUUUUUUUAAAAAGGUGUACCAGAAAAUACAGCUAAUUUACCAAAGAAGAUGUAGAAUUGAUUUGUGUUACACAAUUUUAAAUAAUGUAUGUGUCAUAGAUAGAUUGAUGUUUUAUUUUGGGAGAAAUACUGCAAAGCUUGUCAGACUGAACUAAGUUUCACAGCCUCGUUUUUUUAAACAAAACCCUUUCAUAUACUCUACAACGCAUCAGCUUGUUCACUUAACACGUCGCUGACAUUUAUCCCUUUUUUUCUCCCAAUAUUUUUUGAUUUAUCCAUUUGAAAUUGUGUAUUUUGUGUGAUCAGGUCACUGUGGCUUCUUAAUUCCUUACAUGAUCUGGCCUUGACUGUAUAUUUGUUAAUGUACUGUAUAUAAAACACUGAAUUUAGGCCAGGUUAGAUUUUUGACUUCACAAAUUGUGUGUGUGACUUUUUUUUUUUAUGUUGUGAAAAUGUAAAU